AUGGAGAAAGAUGGAGCUGGUUCUGAAGUCAUUGACAUAGACAAGACUACUAUGACAUUGGAACCAGAAAAACCUACCAGUGGUGGACUCUAUGUUCCUGGGAAGGAUAGAGUGGCUUACGUGCCUCAGGAGAGAAAAUCACGUUUAGGACUUGAUGCCCUUGCCAGCGCAAAACGGGGAGGGUCUCAGUAUGAUGGGGGAUUCAAGUUGCCAAAAGAAAGAACCACCUCCAUUGCAGCAUCUGCAGAAGAUGAAGAUAAGUCUGAGUUGUCUACUGUCGAAGAAAGUGGACAAGAUGGGAUUGUCAGCAAACACAGACACACUAAUAGGAGAUACCGCGAAACUACCAGUAAAACAUCACAUGCAGUUAUUAAUUUUUCCUCAAGCAAUGCAAAUAAUAACCUAAGGUUCUGUGGCUUUGUCUACACAGAAAGUUCAGUGAGUGAAGAUCACUAUGGUGAUACCAACAGGACUAAUUCAACUGAGCAAGCAGCCUCAAAUGUUCCUCCAUCGCCUUCUGGAUAUGACAGGGAGGAUCAUAGGAGUGAGAGGAGGCAUUCCAGGGAUGAUUCAAGAAGUGGUAGUGGAAGAGAUCGGCAUCGCACCUACUAUGACAGUAAGGGAGGAUCUUAUUCAGAAAGGGAUUCACAUAGUAGAUAUGGCCGUGAUUAUAGUAGAAAGCGAAGCAGAUAUGAAGAUUCCAGGAGAACACCUGGCAGGUCUGAAUGGGAUGACAGCAGAUGGGAAUGGGGUGAUACUCCUAGAAGGGACGGUACCUCUAGUUCUAGACGUCAUCAACCUUCACCAUCCCCAAUGUUUCUAGGUGCCUCACCGGAUGCACGAUUAGUUUCGCCAUGGUUGGGAGGCAACACACCUCAUUCAUCCUUUACUUCAUCUUCCCCCUGGGACCAUGUUUCUCCGUCUCCUAUCCCAAUACGUGCUUCUGGAUCUUCAGCCAAAUCUUCUGUUUCUAGACACGAUGGAAGGUUACAUCGGCUUAGAUUUUCAUCUGAAACUUCAAACACGUAUGAGGAUGAAAUGGCUGAUAAGUCUGAACUGGGUGAAGAGCACACGUAUGAGAUUACUGAAAGCAUGCGUUUGGAGAUGGAAUAUGAUGCUGACCGAGCAUGGUAUGAUAGAGAGGAAGGUAGCACAUUGUGUGAUGGUGAUAACUCAUCACUUUUUCUUGGAGAUGAAGCUUCCUUUCAGAAAAAAGAGGCUGAGUUGGCCAAGAGACUGGUUCGAAGAGAUGGGACCAAGAUGUCCCUUGCACAGAGCAAGAAGUUGUCCCAGCUCACAGCUGAUAAUGCUCAAUGGGAGGAUCGACAACUGCUAAGAUCUGGAGCUGUUAGAGGUACAGAGGUUCAGACUGAAUUUGAUGAUGAGGAAGAGCACAAAGUUAUUCUUCUUGUUCAUGAUACAAAGCCUCCUUUCCUUGAUGGCAGAGUUGUUUUUACUAAGCAGGCAGAGCCAAUCAUGCCAUUGAAAGAUCCAACAUCUGACAUGGCUAUAAUAUCUCGUAAAGGAUCUACUCUGGUUAGGGAAAUCCAUGAGAAGCAGAGUAUGAACAAAUCUCGCCAACGUUUCUGGGAACUUGCAGGGUCAAAGCUUGGUGAUAUCUUGGGUGUUGAAAAAACAGCAGAGCAGAUUGAUGCAGACACUGCUAAAGUGGGUGAAGAUGGUGAAAUUGAUUUUAAAGAAGAAGCUAAGUUUUCACAGCACUUGAAAAAGGGAGAAGCCGUGAGUGACUUCGCUAAGUCAAAAACCAUUGCAGAGCAAAGACAAUAUCUGCCUAUUUUUUCAGUGAGAGAAGACUUAUUACAGGUGGUUCGUGAAAAUCAGGUGGUAGUGGUGGUUGGAGAAACUGGUUCGGGAAAGACAACACAAUUGACACAGUAUCUGCAUGAGGAUGGCUAUACUAUAGGUGGUAUAGUGGGCUGCACCCAACCAAGACGUGUGGCAGCUAUGAGUGUUGCCAAGAGAGUUAGCGAAGAGAUGGAUACAGAGUUGGGUGAUAAAGUUGGCUAUGCUAUACGUUUCGAGGAUGUGACUGGACCAAGUACCAUUAUAAAGUACAUGACAGAUGGUGUACUUCUACGUGAAACACUCAAAGACUCUGAUUUAGACAAGUACCGGGUCAUUGUCAUGGAUGAAGCCCACGAAAGAUCAUUAAAUACUGAUGUUCUUUUUGGAAUAUUGAAGAAAGUUGUAGCCCAACGCCGUGAUUUCAAGCUGAUUGUCACAUCAGCAACUCUGAAUGCACAAAAAUUUUCAAAUUUCUUUGGAAGUGUACCAAUUUUUCACAUUCCUGGGCGAACAUUUCCUGUGAAUAUAUUAUGGAGUAAAACUCCUGUUGAAGAUUAUGUUGAAGGUGCGGUGAAGCAGGCUAUGACUAUUCAUAUAACCAGUCCUCCUGGUGACAUCCUUAUCUUCAUGACUGGCCAAGAUGAGAUUGAGGCAGCUUGCUAUGCCCUUGCCGAAAGAAUGGAACAGAUGGUGUCGUCUUCAAAUAAAGUUGUCCCUAAACUCUUGAUUCUUCCCAUAUACUCUCAGCUUCCUGCAGACCUACAAGCUAAGAUUUUCCAGAAAGCCGAGGAUGGAGCCCGAAAAUGCAUUAUAGCCACUAAUAUUGCUGAAACAUCAUUAACGGUUGAUGGUAUUUUCUAUGUGAUAGACUCAGGCUAUGGUAAAAUGAAGGUGUAUAAUCCUAGGAUGGGCAUGGAUGCUCUCCAAGUCUUCCCAGUCAGCCGUGCUGCUGCUGACCAGCGUGCUGGUCGAGCUGGUAGAACUGGCCCCGGUACAUGCUAUAGGUUGUAUACUGAGAGUGCUUACUUAAAUGAAAUGUUGUCCAGUCCUGUUCCAGAGAUUCAGAGGACUAACCUUGGUAAUGUGGUCUUGUUGCUGAAGUCUCUGAAAGUUGAAAAUUUACUUGAUUUUGAUUUCAUGGAUCCACCUCCGCAAGACAAUAUUCUCAAUUCUAUGUACCAGUUGUGGGUGCUGGGUGCCCUUAACAAUGUGGGGGGGUUAACUGAUCUUGGGUGGAAAAUGGUUGAAUUCCCACUGGACCCUCCACUUGCCAAGAUGCUUUUGAUUGGUGAACUGUUAGGAUGUCUUGAGGAGGUUUUGACAAUUGUUUCCAUGCUUUCAGUGCCAUCUGUUUUCUUUAGACCCAAGGACCGGGCAGAGGAGAGUGAUGCUGCACGGGAAAGAUUUUUUGUGCCAGAGUCUGAUCAUUUAACCCUGUACAAUGUUUAUCAGCAGUGGAAACAACAUGAUUACAGAGGUGAUUGGUGCAAUGAUCAUUUUUUGCAUGUCAAAGGUCUAAGAAAGGCCAGAGAGGUGAGAUCCCAGUUGCUUGACAUUCUCAAGACUUUAAAGAUCCCCUUAAGUUCAUGUUGGCCUGAUACGGACAUUGUCAGAAAAGCAAUUUGUUCUGCAUAUUUCCAUAAUGCAGCAAGAUUAAAGGGUGUGGGGGAGUAUGUUAACUGCCGGAAUGGGAUGCCGUGUCAUCUUCAUCCCAGUAGUGCUCUCUAUGGUAUGGGCUGCACUCCUGAGUAUGUUGUUUAUCAUGAGUUAAUCCUGACCACAAAGGAGUACAUGCAGUGUGCCACGGCAGUGGAGCCCCAGUGGUUGGCUGAGUUGGGACCCAUGUUUUUCUCUGUUAAGGAGUCUGAUACAUCGUUACUAGAGCAUAAGAAGAGACAGAAACAAGAGAAAACAGCCAUGGAGGAGGAGAUGGAAAACUUGAAGAAGGUACAAGCAGAGGUUGAGAGAGAAAGGAAAAAGAAGGAGAAGGAAAAGAUGGCUAAGCAUCAACAGCAAAUCUCCAUGCCAGGUUUACGAAAGGGUUCUUCCACAUUCCUGAGACCAAAAAAGUUUGGUUUGUAA